AUGCCACUUUUUAAAAUACGGCAGCUGCCUUAUCAGUGGGAAGAGGUGGUUGAUAUUGUCCGGUCUAAUAAACUAGAACGUUUUGCCCGGCUGGGGCCCGAUAGUGAAAAGUACCUCAAGUUCAAGAAACAAGUUGUGCUGGAUCCUCAAAUGUCCGUCUUCAAGUACCUUCUAAUUAACCAACUUCAGUGGGCACAAUCGGAAACUGCCCGGCAGUUGGAUGAUAGUCAAAUUGUAAUCAAGCCCAAACUGACCAUGUUGUUUGUUGAGCCCAGCGACGUAAAGAUUCUUAAAAAUGACUUUCCUUAUAACUUUGCAGAGGGUAUCCACCAUUUGUGCGUAUGGACUAAGUUUAAAAUUCCGGUGGAUCCAUUAAGUCCAAUAGGGGAUAUUUCGGCAGACACCAGAACCGUCAUAGAAAGAUACUUAAAGAAGACAUUUUGUGAAAAGUACGGUAUCAAGUGGGAGAACCUCUUAUGGUUUAAGAACUGGGAAAGUCUACAGAGUGUGAAGGCUAUGAGCCACAUUCAUGUUAUAAUCCAAGGUGUUGAUGAGGCCACUGUGAAACUGAUGUUGUACACGUCGGGGGUUUGUUUGACGAAAGAAGAGAGCUCAAUGGAAGCAACGGUUGUGUGCUGA